AAUAAUAUCUCCCCACUAAUACAAGAUUCUCUCAAGAUUAUGGUUCUGAAUUAUCGACAAGGAAUUAUAAAUAUAUAUAUAUAUAUUUUUUGGUGAACACGAGGAAUUCCUGAUAUUUUCUAGAGUGUUGACCCGGUUCCUAAUCCGUUCGGGUCGAACCGUUGAACAGGUAAGUUCUUGAAGCCCAGGUGUGGGUGAAAAUGGUAGGAAACGCGUGCGUGGUUUCCAAGUGAAGCCCACAGAUAUAGAGAACCAUCGACGGCGUCCGAACAAAGUAGAAAACUGCCACGUUUCACUGAUUCCUCCACUGCUUGUCUGGUUUAAUUAGGGUUUUCCUUCACAGCAGCUAGCUUCACAGACCGACGCACUUGGUUGUCCUUCGCCGCUGUUCGAGAUGCCGGCCAAGGACGACGCCGCCGCCGAGAAGGAGAAGAACCUUGAGCUCUUCCUGAAGGUCGGACUGGAUGAGCGGACGGCCAAAAACACCAUCGCCAACAACAAGGUCACGGCGAAUCUAACGGCCGUCAUUGACGAGGCUGGAGUUACUGAUGGAUGCAGUCGAACCGUUGGUAAUCUUCUAUACACGGUUGCUACAAAGUUUCCGGCAAAUGCCCUUGUGCAUCGCCCCGUGUUAACACAGUACAUUGUGUCUUCAAAGAUUAAAAUCCCAGCUCAGUUAGAUGCGGCUUUGUCAUAUUUUGUGAAUACGGGGCCACAGAACUUCAAAACAACUGAAUUUGAAGAAGCAUGUGGUGUUGGUGUUGAAGUUUCAGAAGAAGAAAUCAAGCAAUCUGUUAAUGAGGUUUUUGAACAGAAUAAGUCUGCAAUUUUGGAGCAGCGCUAUAAAACAAAUGUGGGUGACUUAUUUGCACAUCUUAGGAAGAGACAUCCCUGGGCUGACCCAAAAAUUGUCAAGGCAUCCAUUGAUACAAAGUUGCGUGAAUUGCUUGGUGAGAGGACUGCAGCAGAUGAUGAAAAGGUUCCUAAAAAGAAGAAAGAGAAGCCUGCUAAAGUAGAGGAAAAAGCUAUUGCUGUUUCUACUCCUGAACAACCAGCUGAAGAAAUUCUAAAUCCAUAUGCAAUAUUCCCUCAGCCAGACGAAAACUUUAAGGUUCAUACUUCAGUUUUCUUUAGUGAUGGUUCUAUUCUGAGAUGUUGCAACUCAAAGGAACUCCUUGAAAAACACUUGAGUGUGACUGGGGGCAGAGUUUUAACUCGCUUUCCUCCUGAACCGAAUGGAUAUCUACAUAUAGGCCAUGCCAAGGCAAUGUUUAUUGACUUUGGCCUGGCAAAAGAGAGAGGUGGUGGCUGCUAUCUGAGGUUUGAUGACACAAAUCCGGAAGCUGAAAAGAAGGAAUAUAUUGAUCAUAUUCAGGAAAUUGUCAAUUGGAUGGGUUGGGAGCCCUACAAGAUCACUUACACUAGUGAUUACUUCCAAGAUCUGUAUGAAUUAGCAGUGGAGCUCAUACGAAGGGGUCACGCUUAUGUUGAUCAUCAGACAGGGGAUGAGAUAAAGGAGUACAGGGAGAAAAAAAUGAACAGCCCUUGGAGGGACAGGCCAAUUAAAGAGUCACUGAAACUUUUUGAGGAUAUGAGGCGAGGCCUGAUUGAAGAAGGGAAAGCAACUCUAAGAAUGAAACAAGAUAUGCAGAGUGAUAAUUUUAACAUGUAUGACCUUAUUGCGUAUCGUAUUAAGUUUACUCCUCAUCCACAUGCUGGAGACAAGUGGUGUAUCUAUCCGAGUUACGAUUAUGCUCAUUGCAUUGUGGAUUCUCUUGAGAAUAUCACCCAUUCGCUGUGCACUUUAGAAUUUGAGACACGCCGUGCUUCAUACUACUGGCUAUUGCAUGCUUUGGGCCUUUAUCAACCAUAUGUUUGGGAAUAUUCAAGACUGAAUGUCAGUAACACUGUUAUGUCGAAGCGUAAGUUAAAUCGACUGGUGACUGAAAAUUGGGUUGAUGGUUGGGAUGAUCCACGCCUUAUGACACUGGCUGGUUUACGACGUAGGGGUGUGACGUCGACUGCCAUUAAUACGUUUGUUAGAGGAAUUGGAAUCACCAGAAGUGAUUGUAGUAUGAUUCAUCUGAGUCGCCUUGAGUACCACAUCAGAGAAGAGCUCAAUAAAACAGCUCCACGCACAAUGGUUGUGCUUGAUCCUGUAAAGGUUGUCAUUACCAACUGGAAAGAUGACCUCAUAAAGGACUGUGAAGCAAGAAAGUGGCCCGAUUCUGAGGCGGAUUGCUACAAGGUUCCAUUUUCCAAGGUGUUGUACAUUGAGCGCUCUGAUUUUCGCCUUAAAGACUCAAAAGAUUACUUCGGACUUGCUCCUGGAAAAUCUGCCCUGCUCAGAUACGCAUGUCCUAUCAAGUGUGUGGAUGCAAAGGAUGUUGUUUUAGCUGAGGAUAAUGAGACUGUCCUUGAGAUACGGGUCAAGUAUGAUCCGGAGAAGAAGACAAAGCCAAAGGGGGUGCUGCAUUGGGUCGCUGAACCUUCUCCUGGGGUCGAUCCACUCAAAGUGGAAGUCCGAUUGUUUGACAGACUAUUCAACUCAGAGAAUCCUGCUGAGCUUGAUGACUGGCUUUCUGAUCUGAAUGGAAAAUCGAAAGUGGUAAUACCAAAUGCAUUUUCUGUUCCCCCACUUGGGAAAGGUGUUGGUGUUGGCGACAAGUUUCAGUUUGAAAGACUUGGGUAUUUUGUGGUCGACAAAGAUACGACUCCUGAGAAGCUUGUGUUUAAUCGAACGGUCACGCUGCGAGAUAGCUACAAGAGUGGGAAGUAGGUCAUCUUUGGAAUCAUCAGAAUAGAGAGGAAUGUGGGAAGUAGUUUUAUAGCAACAAUUGACAUGUUUCUUUUCCGAGUAUUUUGUUUAGACAGUUGAUGUUAUUUCAACCAUACUUAUUUUGUGUAUAUUUCAAACCAAUUAUACAACGAAGUUAUAUAUACAGUUGACAUUGUUGUCAUCCAAGUCUUUUCUGCCA